UUUUUAAUGGCAUGAUAUGACGGCAAUAUAUUGUCGCGUGAUAAUAUGCUCAUGAUAUUUAGACAUUAUAACAGACAGACAAAUCCAGUUUUAGUGAAAUUGAAAAUAUACUAUGUGGUAAAAAUAAUUGGAAUGCCGGGCAAUAAAUAUUGGUUGAGAUGUGUUCCAAGUCAUUGGGUUGAGCAUCGUCACGGCCAAUACGUACUAACUGCAUAUCCACCACAAAGUGAAGUUCAACGAACGAUAAAUCGUGUUCGUGAUUAUGAGAAGCCAUUGAUACACUGGAAAUCAUAUCCAGCAAUAAUACUUCAUGAAUCAGAUUCGUACCGGACAGCAAUGAUAUAUUUGAUAGAGCGUAUUAAGAAAUCUCUAAUGAGUCGAUCACUGAAGAACUUGGUACCAAACCCAACUCAAAAUAAACAGAGAAAGAAGCAAAAUUUAUCAGCCAAAACUACCAAGGGAGUAGAUAAGAUCCAAGUUUUGAAGAUUAUUCGGCCAUUAAUCGCCAGUGUCCUAGAAGUUAUAGAUAGACUUGAACAUAAUGAAAACGUAAUGGAAACAUUGCGACGCAAUAACAUCACUCAUAAUCAACUAAAAGAGAUUGACAACUUGUCAUCUCUAACAGCUGUUUAUUUGAAUUUCUUUCGUAAAACAAUGCACAGCCACCUGAAUUUUCACAAGACUAAUAAAAUCUUAAUGUCACAAAUGCCAGUAUUCGGUUUGUAUUAUGCAGAUAAAGUGAACAGUGAAAUUUAUUUAGAGGUUCAAGCGGCUAUUGUACAAAUCCUAAUGAUUAUGAGUGGUACAUUGGAUUAACAAGUUAAAGUCAUCCAUGUUCUUCUAGCUCUUUGCAAUAAUCGGUUAAUCAUGGAAUCGCGUAAUUCAUUAUACGAACUACUUAAAAUUCUUUCACUGUCCCAUUAAUGAACCAUUAAUGGAAAUGAUAAAUUACGCUGUAUAAAAUUAUCGCUUACCAGCCGUUCUCGCGAUAAUCGUAUCCGUAUUAUUCACAAAAACAAAUAAUAAAACGUGACCGCAAAAGGCCUUGAAGCUUGUCGCUUCGCAACCAAUUCAAUAACAAGAUAAUUGAAAACAAACGUUUUUUGUUGUUAUGCUAGUAAAAUUGAAGCCGGGUUUUAUUAAAGAAGCUCAGUGAGUCUCAGCGAAUACUAAUCGUGGGAUUGAUCUAGUCUUAGUUUAUUUCAAGCAAUUUUUUCGUGAUGAAAGGAACCAGGUAAUCUUUUAUGUCAGAACGUAUUCUAAUUCUUGUGUGCUAUUUUAUUGGAUUCUAUAUCGUUUAAGACAGCAAGACGUGUCAUGGCCAAUACACUGACAUUCACCGAUAAUUAUCUCGAAUGUGCAACAUAGCACAUUAGAAUUCAAAGCCAAUCGGUAGAACAAACAUUGUUUUUAAUAAACAUUCAUAGUUAAUAUGAUGCCAAAGUGUGUUUUCGUUCCCUAAAAAUACAAGUUUUAUUAUUUGUGUUUUGUUGAUCAUUUCCAAGAUUCAAACCAAUUUAAGAUAAAGAGUUAUAAUUUUCAAGUCGAAAAAAACAACUGACGCAAAAUUUCUAUACAUUUCUGAGUGAUACAUUAUACAUUCUGAUGUGAGAUCAUUAUAUUGUGAUAAUAAAUCUAGUAACAAAAGUGAUGUUGGAUUUUUUUUUUGCGACGCACAUGAGUUCAUUCUAGAACAUCAUGCUGAAUAGUAUUAAUUUACUCAGCUUGGAAACAAAGCCAACGACUUUGGAACCGAGUUAUAUUGUCUAGAUAUGUAAAUAAAUCAAAUACGCUCACGUUGUUAAGUUUAUUAUUCACCCUUUUACUUUCCCGAUACACAAUUUGACCCAGAAAGAUUUUGAAAAUUACAUGGAAAAAAAAUUCGUUU